GCUAUCGCCUCGUGCCGACGCGCCGACGACGUCGACGCGCCAUGAGGCGCUUCCUCGCGUUCGCGCUCGCGGGCACGGCUCACGCCCUGCCCUCGCCAGCGCGCGCCCGCGUCGAAAAUGGCCCUCGUCCUCGACCGGCUCCGGAGAGGUACCGCGGCCGGUCUCGCGACGCUCAACACGCACCACCCCGCCGCCGCAGGCGCGCAACCUGCCCCUUGUCGGGGCCACGAUGAGCACCACCAUACCUAGCGGCACGGACUCGGAAGCCACGCCAGGCGAGCUCGACGCGUUCGCGCAGAACUUCUUCGGCUUCGACUCGAUGGCGGCGCUCUGGCAAUUUAACUGGUGCCCCUGGCAACCUGCUCUCGAAGACGCAUUCGCAUACGUGGUCGCGACGUGGGAAGCCGAGUCACAAGCCGAGUUCCACUCGUGGUGCCUCAGUUGGCUACCAGACGCCGCCCUCCCCUUUCAUUGGGCGGAAUAUCUCGGUGUGUCGUUCACGCCGUGGGACUCGGUCUGGGACGUCUUCACCUCGUGGUUCUACUCCUCCUCGCCCAGCGACAAUGAUAUUAGCGGUGAGAUGGUCGCGCUCGACCACGCGGGUGACCCCGUAGUGGGCUACGUCGUGGCCGUGAACCCCGAUCGUCAAACGUGCGUCGUCCUUUUCGGAGAUACUUCUGUGGGACGCGACGUGUCGGUGUGCAGCCUCAUCGUAUUGCCGACUGUCGCGUCGGAGCCGGUCGCCGACGCCGCCGCGCUUGGAUCUUCCGAGGAUCUCGAGACGACGCGGCGCUACCAGACGGUCGGAGAAACUUCUGUGGGACACGACGUGCCGUCGACCGGCCUCGUCGCGAAGCCGACUGCCGGCGCGUCGGGGCCGGCCGCCGACCGCGACGCGCCUGGAUCUGCCGGAGAUCCCAAGGAGACGCGCGGCGGCUGGACGCCUUGGAUUUUUCGGGACGCGCCUUACCUGUUCUCGCGCGUGCGGCGCCUCAUCGUAGAUCCGGAGACGGGCGAACCGACCCGCGUUGUAGCCCACGGGCACGUUGAGGCCUACUUGCCGGCUUCUACGUCGAACUUCUAUGAUGACGACGGCAAGCCGGCGGCGCUGUGGCGCGUACGCUUCACGUCGAGCCCGAUUAAGGGCGACUCAGAAGAUCUGGAGCUGCAUGAAGUAGAAGAAGCCCUCGUUACGCCGCAGAGCGUGAGCGCCGAUACGGAAUUUAUCGUCCGCGCCGUGCGGCGCUUGGACCUGAACGACGAGGGCGCGGACGGCCGGGUCGGCGCCGUCGCUUCGCCGAACCUGGGCGAGGACGACGACCGCCUACGCGACGGCCACGACGCUGCUUUACAGGACACUUACACCGGCGCCGGCCACGGCCGCGCCCACGCUGGCGCCGCCGGCGCGGCGACGUCAUCUCCGGGCGCAACCGACGCCGCGGCUUCAAACCUCCACCGCGCCGCCGCCGCCGCCGCGGGCACGGGUGCCUCGGACGCCAUCGACGCCGACGCGGGCACGUGCGACGCCGACGCGUUCUGGUUCGCCAGAGCGAUGGAGCCGGACGUCGACUGGUCCAGCUCCGCGUCUCUGCGCGCAUUUGUUCUCAAGCAUGACGUUUGGCCCUGCAUGGGCCACCCGCUGCGAGAGCCCAUGCUCGAGGCCAUCGCGGCGCUCGAGGGCGUCAACCCCGACAUCACCUUCAGCGAUUCGGCCGCGCUCGUGCCGACCGUGGGCGCCGCCGAGGGCGUCGGCGUCACCGCGGCGAUCGGCACCGCCGCGCGCUCGUGCUUGGAUCUGGCGUACGGCGCGGCUUCCUGCUGCGCAUCCGCGGCCUUCAGCUGCUGCUCCGCGGCUGUCAGCUACGUGUCCGACGCUUGUACGUGUUUCUUCGGCGUCUUGCCGAACGGCGCCGCGAAGACCGCAGUCGACGCGACACCUUCAGCCGACGGCGCCGCCGCGUCCGAGACGUCUUAUCCUGGCGACGGCGGCGCGACCGCGGAGCCCGGCGCCGCUGUGACCGAGGCCGGCGGCGUCGACGGGCACCAACCGUUCCAGCCGCCCGAGGGCGAGGGCGACGAGUAUUGCGAGACCCCGACGAAAGAACCUGCGGCGGCGGCGACGGAAGAACCUGCGGCGGCGAACGUCGCGACCGGCGACGUCGCGGAAGGUCGUGAUCGGGCUCAAGCUGAAACUGAGGCCAUCGCGGGCCUGACUACUCUGUCUUGCGGCGACGGCGCGCCCGCGAUGCCCCACGAUGGGUUUGUGUUUCAAACCGUCACGGAGCGCCCGCGACGGCCACGCCAGUCGCUCGCUCUCCCCGCGCCGCUGCCGCCCGUCGACGGCGCCGACGAGCUCCAGACGUCGUUCACGGCGUCGGACGACUGCGCCGACGAGCUCCAGUGUCCGGUCCUAGGUCAGUGCGUCGAGGUCUUGUGGGACCCCGACGGCAAGUACUACCGCUGCAAGUUCACGGCGUUCGACGGCAAGGACGUCACGAUCCUCUAUGACAAUGGCGACGAGGAGACCGUCGCGCUCGCCGGCCUCGUGUACAACCCCCUCGAUUCCCAGGCCGAUGUCGACGGCGCCGCGUCGCCUUCUUCGGAAGAGUCCCAGGCGCUCGAGCGGUUCAGACUCCUCACGAAGGACGAAAAGUACGGACCGAAGAACCGCAAAGAGGUGGAAGAGCUCGCGAAGAUCCAGCAGAAACUUGAAUCGUUCCUCAACGACGAGAACUAUCUCUUAGAUGAUCUGGACGGCUUCAAACUCGGGCUGUUAUUCACGGGCGGCCGCUAUAAGGUGCGGUGCGUCCCGCCGGAGGGCGGCGGCGCGUUGGAAACUUAUAAGGCAAUUGUCGAGCGUCUGAGAGAUGGUCCAAAGGUAAAGUCGUCGAAAGGUGUGGCCUUGUCGAAGCGCCCGGCCAGAUUAGCUCAUGUCCUCGAGGAGGCCGGAAUGGACCCCGACACGGAGGUGACCAAGGAUAACGCGGAGGAGAUCCUCGCCGCGUUCGUCGAGGCGACGGGAGGGCCCCGCUUCGAGCACGAAGGCGAUGAUCUGUACCUUUUUGUGUCGCGUUGUGGCUAUUUAACAAUUCGUACGCCAUUGCGCCCGUUGGCCUCCGCAAAAACCGAUGAUGAUCUGGCUUAUAGCUCCGGUCUGACGUGGUCCGAGUAUUUUAGAGAAGCCAGGAGGAGAAGCGGCGAUGCGCGGGUAGCCGCGGGCAAGCCGCGGUGGCCCCCCAGCGACAGCUGCGGCAAAGCUACAGAGGCCAUCAAGUCCGACUUCGCGUGCGACCUAAAGGGAAUGUGCGUCGCGGGCAUGAAAGAGCAAGCCUAUGAUCGCCUGAUGUCCUACCGAGGCACGGAGCCGAAGCCGCUCGACCAGCUCUCCGACCGCGGGCCCGAGGGAGCGAUCAAAUUCAUCUGCAGGGCCGUUAUUGAUGGCGACACGAUUGGGGCGAGCGACGCCGAAGGCCGAACCAGUGGCGGCCACUCCUACUACCACACGAUGGCCGUCCUCGCGAGGCGUGCGAGUGACGUCGAACCGAAGCUCAUAGUGAGGCUUUCGUCCGCCGACCUUCCGAGCGUCUGGUGCGAGGAAACCGAGCGCAUGCAGCCUCAGGAGCUCGCCGUCGCGAAGGCGGGCGAGCUCGACGACGCCUUCUGCGACGUCGAAGCGGAGCUAGGUGCUGGAGGAGCCCUCGUUGCUUGGGGCGGCGGCGACCGGCGGUACCUCACGGAGCACAUGUUGGGGCGCGACGAAGACGUCGUCAUCGUCGAUGCCAUGUAUGCCGUGCGCUGCAUGCUCGGGAUGACUGGCCGCGGCGAGUUCCCCACUACUCACGGGCUCGCCCUCGCCGGCGCCACCGAUGCCUUCUCGACCAGCAUUAAAUUUCUCGGCGAGAUAUUGUGCCCGGCGGAGGGCCCCUUCGGCCACAUCAACCGGGACGGCUUGCGGCACCACGACCCCGAGUACGACGCGGGCGUAGCCCUGGAGGCGACAAUUGAGUGCGCUCGAGCGUACGUGCGGCGGUUGAAUGGCGAGGCCUCGUGUGGCCCGUGGCCGCCGGUAGCCCCAUUCACGCGCGACCCGGACAGCGCGUACUCGCGGAGGCUCACUCGCGAGCGCGAGGACAGAGCACUUGUGCGCGCGGCCACGGCUGCUGCUGGCGCCGGCGCCCCGGCCGCGCCGUUGACGAAGGACGAGGUCGAGAGCCCGUCGUUCACCGUCGCGAAGCUGAGAGCGGCGCUCGCGGCCCGCGACCUGCCGACGGACGGCCUGAUGGCCGAACUCCGGGCGCGGCUCCUGGAAGCCCUCGAAGAGGACGAGGUGAGUUGCAGCGUCCAAACUUCGCGCAGCGCCUCCAACCCAUCGACGCCGUAGGUGGCCGAGGGCGACGCUGCGCCCGCCGCGGCGCCCGCCGCGGCUACAGUGGCCGAGGGCGACGCUGCGCCCGCCGCGGCGCCCGCCGCGGCGUCCGCCGCGGCGCCCGGCCAGGAGGUCGCCGAGGCCGCGGCCGAUCUCGUCGUGGCCGGCCACAACGAGGAGGUGAGUCGCCGGCGUCCAAAACUUUGCCUCGACCUCCACCCAUCGACGCCGUAGGUGUCCGAGGACGACGUCGAGAACUUCGAGCCCUACGAGUCCGAGUCGGACGACAGCACGGAGGAGGAGGUCGGCCAAGGCAUCGUCGGCGACCGCGUCGAGGUCGUGUGGGACGGCGACGGCAAGUACUACCCCGGCGUGAUCACGGCGUGCGACGGCGAGGAGGCCACGAUCCUCUACGACAACGGCGAAGAGGAGACUGUCGCGCUCGCCGGCCUCGUGUUCAACUUCCUCUAG